UCUGGCUCAGGGGCUCCUGACCAUUGCUGUCUGGAUUUCUGUUUGUUAGUUUGCUCUUUCUUUUCAUAUUCUUAUUACAUUCCUGACACUCGUUUGUCUCCUUAAUUGAUAUUCGUUCUCUUCACUUCCCUUGUUUCGUCGAGUGGCCGGAGACUGGUCCGCCUGUUCUCUUCGCUGCCAUGGCACCCAAAUUCAAAGAUGGGGAUGCCGUUGUAGCGGUUAAUGGGAAAUGGGUGUCUUGGGCGCACACAGUCGCUGCUUAUGCGGCCUUCUUGAGUGCCUUGGUAGUAGGAAUGUCGCUGCAUUUCAGGAAAAUCGUGCAAAACGAACAUUACGGCUAUCCUGACGAAUGGUUUCCGUCGGUAUCAGCAACGAUCGGUGAUCGCUAUCCGGAACGAUCGUUCUUCCAAGUGUUUAUCGCCAUCACCUCGGGUCCUCGGUUUGCUCUAGUGUUCCUUUGGUACAUCCUGACCUCGCGCCCCAACUCAGCUCUUCCUAAGUUCAUCGCCGGCGUUGGACUGUUUCGGACGUUUACAUGCGGUGGUUGGACGUACGUUACAUCUACAGAUGACCAUGAUUGGCAUGAUAUUUUCAUGAUCUCUUACCUUGUUGCAACGUUGCCCUGGACUCUUGGCUGCCUUGCGCUUAGCCCAAACAACCGCCGGGCUGUGAAGUACAGGAAGAUUUUGGCGAGUUGUUUCUUCGGAACUCUUGUUCCAUUAAUUUACUAUUUCAUCCAGCACAAGGUGCAUAAGGUCGCGGGAGCUUACACCAAGUAUGCCUUUUUUGAAUGGUCCCUUAUACUGUUUGAUGUGGGUUUCGAUGCUGUCACUGCACUCGACUUCGACGCAUUUGAGAUUGUGGUCAGGGAUGUCAAAGGAAUUAGCAGAGGGCAGUUGAAGACCACUGCAGACUCCGUCCUUGAAAAAGAGAAAGGAAAGCCUGUUGGAAAUACGUUCGGCGAAGGUUUCUUCUGGACAGAGAUCAUCGAUGCCGCUGCAGAUGCCUACAAUAUGUUUGUGUUCUGGUCCUUGUGGACUGCCCUUGGUGUACUCGUCUGGUACUUCCCUCUUUGGCAUAUGGGUAUCUCUGGUUACGAGUUAGCAAUCCUAAGUUACGUAUCUCCGGUCCUCCUGGUCAUUCCCUCCUUGAAGUCUGCCGCCACGAGAAAUCCUCGACUUUUCCACUUUCUGUCACUUUCCGGGCUACUUGCGUAUAAGGUGCAAGACCCUGCCAAUCGACUGUUUAUGACCACUUUCGCGGUUUCUUGCAGCUGUAUUGCAUGGUCUGCGACACUGUAUGCCGAAAGGGCAAACGGCUCUAGGCUGGAAUCCCGUAUCUUUGCAUGGGGCAUUGGCUUGAUCAUGUCGAGCAUUGCUAAGUUUGCAUGCAAAACAAACAACCCCAUCUGGCCUAUCAUGCAUGCAGAGAAUGGAGGAUGGAAUAAAUUGGGUCUUUUCCUUGGUGUCCUGGCCGUCCUCAGGUCGCACAGACGACCUCCGACUAAUGGAGGGGAUUACUUCCCCUCAAGCGGCAGGAAAGGCUCUUCAUUAUUUGCCGCUUUUGGUAUCGGUGGUCUGCUUUUCGCAAUGCAUUCCCUCCUCUCCGACUCCAGCACCAUGAUCGCUUGGGUUUGGGAGGGAUAUCCCGUGCGCGGCCCUAUUGCAGUACCUCAUGGUGCACUCACUAUUCUUGCAAUGGGUGCUGGACUUAUUUACGGUCUGUAUUAUCCUGGCGUUGCUGGAAGCUGGACUGCAUAUGGGAUUGCGGCUAUUGGUGCGGCACUGCUUACUUGUUCCAGUCACUGGACUGGAUUCUACGGUGGCCUCAUCCUUGCAUUCUACCUUCUCGCAGUCACUCCAGUCUUGGUAUCGUCGGCUGUUCGCCAUUCACUGCCUAAAACAUUUGGUAUCGGUUUCUUCCUGUACACAUUCUUGAUUCUCUUCCAUGUGUGGGUUGUUGCGUAUGCCUUUGUUCCUGGUGGGCCUCUCGUCAGAGAGCACACCGAUUGGAUCAUGAUCACCACUAUGUUAUCGAUUGGGGCUGGUGUCUUCUCUGCUGCUGUCACCAACUCAUCGGGUACUAAGAGCAAGAUCGUCAGUCCGAAUGGCAAACGACAGCGGUCGUAUUUCAUCUAUAUUCUAGCGACGCUGCAGCUUAUUUCCAUGGCUAUUGCGUAUCUUCGCUUCCCUACAAACGACUAUGUGCCAUAUCACAAAGAGGAUAAGGUCGCGACUGUCGGCAUUUGGACAGUUCACUUUGGUCUCGACAAUGACAUGUGGUCAUCGGAACGGCGUAUGCGCAAUGUCAUCCAGGAACUUGAGCUUGAUGUCAUUGGCCUUCUUGAAUCUGAUAACCAGCGCAUCAUUAUGGGCAAUCGCGAUAUGACCCAGGUCCUGGCGGAAGAUCUUGGCAUGUACGCAGACUUCGGUCCUGGUCCUAACAAGCACACGUGGGGCUCAGCUUUACUUUCCAAAUUCCCAAUUGUCAAUUCUACUCACCACCUCCUUCCUUCUCCUGUUGGUGAACUUGCUCCGGCCAUUCAUGCCACUCUUGAUAUGUAUGGAGAGCUGGUUGAUGUUGUCGUGUUCCAUUCGGGACAAGAAGAGGACCCGGAAGACCGCCGCCUCCAGACCGAAUACUUAUCGAAGUUAAUGGGUUCAUCCCCUCGCCCCCUGAUUUUACUGAGUUACUUGGUCACAAAGCCACUGGAAGGUAAUUACAAUACUUAUGUCAGUGAACUCAGCGGUAUGAAAGAUAUCGACCCUACCGAUUGGGACCGAUGGUGUGAGUACAUUCUCUACAAGAACAUCAAGAGGACUGGCUACGCUCGUGUUAGUCGGGAUUCUAUCACAGACACGGAGAUUCAGGUAAGUCUUGCCGUGCAUGCCAUGUUCAUGCCUAUAGCCCUUUGCGGAAGGGGAGCUGUUUCAUCAUUGCUGACCAACUGCUGUGAUAGGUCGGCAAAUUCGUCAUUGGGGAAUCCGAGCCUGAGAAUGAGAUGCGACUGCCCGAGGAAAUGGUACCAGAAGGGCGUCGAUUCCCCGGGUUGUUCCGCGGACAGGGAGUUCGCGGUCAUCGUUAUCAUGUCUUUGAUGAGCCCAGGUAUUGGCAAUAAAUGCCACGUGAAGCGGUCAGCCAACCCUGGCUCUUUCUCUGGGCGGCUCAGGUUUUCGGGAUCCCUGGGUUAUUUGUAUAUUCUACGAUGCGAGGACUCCAAGCCUGUGAUGGCUGGUUAUUCGCGAUAUUUGUCACGACUAUGUACUGUGAAUCUCAAUCAAGCUCUUUCUUAUAAUAUUUUAUCUUUGAAUGUGGAAUAGAUGUGGUAUGUUCAUACUUGUGAAAAACAGGCAACUGUUGUACGGAGCACAUAGGGCUUAGAAGCGGAUCCUAGACGCAUUGACUACAGAACUUGUUGAUGUGGCUAUUGACGUCUACCAAGAUGAACUCAUCCUGUAUUCUUCCAUCACGGACCACGGCAUAUGCAAACGCUUGUAAAAGUCAAACCUACCCCGAGCUGGGAUGUGGAAUGUGGAGAUCAUACCGUCCCUCCUUCGUGUACGUGACCGAGUGCAUAUGACAACGGUAUGAGCUUCCUGUAUGAUUCCCCCAUGACUCAUCAAGGGAGGAGAGCUCGUUUCACUUUCUCUUCCGAACAAGAUAUUCAGGACGCGAAACUUGCGUUAAGCCUUAGAUAGCGCAUUCCAGCCCUGCAGACUCAACCACUGAUCUUCGCGUCUCGAGUUAUUGCACGUCGUAUUCUCAGAACAGUUUCGUUUGCAAUACAUAUACCGUGGAAUGCAUUAGUUUCUUUGAUGAUUAACAUUUUAAUAAUUGCUUAUUAGCUAGCUUUCUGGCCAAACCUCAUGAUACGGUUAAGCCUUGGACGCCAGCAUCUCGUGAAUGGCAUAUGGC